UUUCAGCUAGUCGCACAGCGCUUCGGCGUAGUUUUAAAUCCAAAGCAUCUGCGUAUUUAUGGAAUUAAUAUAAGAUCAAACGUAACUAUAUCGAUAGUUAAGAAUCUUAUCUGCUGCUCGAGAUCCAUAUUUAUAAAACAAGUGCGGCGAAUUAGCAGAAAAAAGGGUUUAAACUGAGGAGGGACAAAGGACACUCAAGUCCACAACGAUGAGAAGAGGGAUCUCAUCAGCCCCGGAGAAAGUAAUAAUUGCAGGGCUUGGUGGGUCUUCGCUGGACAAAAACGCAGUUUUAACGGCGCUGUCUGAUCGCCUAACGUCUAAUCUCCCUACUGCAACAUACAUACAAAUAAUAACCCCACCGCCGUGCAUUACACAGACUUCCAAUGUCUGUCUGUCCGACCCUGCAGCUGGCAAUUUAUACACACCUCCGCACGGAGCAAACGGAACCGGACAACGACCUGCAUUAGGACGCCCGCCGGCAAAGAGACGCUUGGCACUGGAUGAUGUUGACCACUUGUACACCACGGAGGCAGCCAAAGCGCCCAAGACCCAGAACGGAGCCCCGCUGGCUGUGCUGAAAAGCAACAAGACUCCGAAGUCCCCGCCGGAGAAGACGCGCUAUGACACGUCUCUGGGCCUCCUCACCAAGAAGUUCGUGCAGCUGCUGGGCCAGUCAGCCGACGGGGUGGUGGACCUCAACCAGGCGGCCGACGUCCUCAAGGUUCAGAAGAGGAGGCUCUAUGACAUCACCAACGUGCUGGAGGGCGUGCAUCUCAUCAAGAAGAAGUCGAAGAACAACAUCCAGUGGAUGGGGUGUAACUUGGCGGAGGUGGGAGGAGCCUUGACCCAAAAGCAGUCUCUGAGCAGCGAAGUUGCCCGGUUGGUCCAGGAGGAGCGCAGGCUCGACGAAUUGAUCCAGAGCUGUACCCAGGAUGUCAAGCUGAUGACCGAGUCAUCGAGUGGUCAGAAGUUUGCGUAUGUGACCUAUCAAGACCUGCGACGGGACCGUAGCCUGCGGGAUCAGACGGUCAUCGUGGUCCGAGCGCCCUCUGAGACCAAACUGGAGGUGCCAGACCCUCAGGAGGGGUUACAGGUCCACCUCACCAGUACGAAGGGGCCUAUCGACGUCUUCCUCUGUCCUGACGAGAACACGCCCGACAGUCCGGUGAAAACGGAGGAGCCGGGCUUGAAUGGAAACUCCUCGCCUUUUGUGAAGGUUUUGGAAGACCGUGGAUCUGGCCCUGCGGUGACGGUCACCAGCCUGUCUCCCAUCACGUCUCCCUUCACCAGCCUCCUGCAGCAGACGGAGGAUCAGAUCGCCUACGGCGAGGCGCCGCUCAGCGGCCUGGGCUCCCCGCCUCUCCCCCUCGGCGAGGACUACCUCAUGAGCCUCGCCGAGGGUGAGGGCAUCAGCGACCUCUUUGAUGACCUCGACAGGCUGCCCAAUCUGGACGACCUCCUGUGCAACUGACCGCGUUUCAGACCUUGACUUGUGGAAGUAACCAAUCCAGGGACGGUUCGUGAUCUUCCUGAAAUAACUGGUGGGUUAGGAGUCGGUAUUGUGCAGGGUUUUUCACCCCCCCCCCCCCCCUUUUUUUUUUUUUUUUUCUUUUUUUUUUUCCCUCCCCCAAUUGCACCCUUUUUGGUGGCAUCUCGGAGCGGUUUCCAUGGGAACACUGGGAAUUUUUUUUUAAAAUUUUGCCCCUCUCCCUCUAGUCCUUAACUCCCACGUUUCCUUGUCUUCUUGCAACCUCGGGGAGACCUGGAAGUUAGAGUUGAUUCCGCGUUGCGGAAUACCUGACCAUGGACAUGAUCUCCAUGGCGAUAGCCCCAGAAAAUGGUGGGGAGUUCCCACGUGGAAUUGUGCAGCGGUGCCACAGCUCAUGCUGCUGUUUGUUUCAUUUAUCUCGAUGUUAUUGAGACCUACUCGAGAUUCACACUAGUCCUCAGUAGUCUGCACAUGCUGCAGGUUUAUAUGCUCUCUUUGACCCACAGUCUGCUGCCUUACUAUCUUCAGUAUUCGCUGAUGGUUAAACACUCUGGGAUGGAUUCGUGUGACGACGUGAAGUGGAAUCUCCACUUUAGUCCUUUAGUCUAAAGGAUGGAUCAAGGCGCAAAACCACCACGUUUGUUUUCCUGGAGUCCGGACGUGCACCUACAUCGGGCUCUCUAGCUGAUGAGACUAGAAACAGGGCCUGGACCAGUUGUGGGGUUUGUUUCACCUAGCACUUUACAUCUCCCGUCCUGGACGUAUGGUUAAAGCCGCCAUCCUGUCGGACAGAGCCGUUUUUGGGCGCGGUUGUUUUUAUGGAAUUAACUGUGAUCCCUUAGCCUUCAUCAGAGCUGGCAUGUUGGAAGGAUAGGAUGACCUGCGAUGACGCUCUCUACCCCAGCAGCUCAAAACGCACGCUUCCGCCCUCCUCUUCUCCAGUCAGCUUGUCUGUUUGCAGCUUCACCGUGACAAGGCACACAAGUGCAGAUUGUGUGCUCUCAAAAUGUGUGAUCGUCGCCUCGUGGUCCUGGGGAAGAAGCCCCCAGUGUAACGGGCGUGGUACUCCGACCCGGUGUAAGCAGUUGCCUGGCCGUUCCGUUGCUGAUUGUGCCCUUAAACCCCUCUUCACGCCACGGCCAAAGAGCGUGCGCGCGUGUGUGUUUGUGUGUGUGUGUGUGCGUGAGAGACGGUAGGCUGAUUGUAUUUAAAUGCGGCAAAAUUGUUUGCAUCAAAGGUUCAGAGCAAAUGUCUGACAUCCAAUCAGGCAGAGCCCCUGGUCUGACAUGUAGGUUUUUUGAGGAUUUAAAUCACUUUGAAUUGUAUCAGUUUUAUUUCUAAUAUCUGUUAAAAAAAAUAAAAAAUAAAAAUAAAUAAAUAAUAAUAAUCUUGAUAUAUAUAUAAUAUAAUAAUCAGCUUUCAUUACUGGUAUUAGGACAAACAAACAAACUUCUGAUUGGUUCACCCCUGGCACUAGGUACUAGAGACUACCUACCUCCUAACCUAGGUGUUUAUUUUAUAAUGUUGAAUAUGUAUUUUCAGAUCCUGUGUCCUUAAAUUCAGACCCCCUUGAUCAUUGUCACGUCAGUUGUCUGCUUAUGUGGCCAAAUUGAAAGUAAGUCCCAGUAUGUCAAACCAGCCAAAGUCACAUGAUUUCUUGCUGCUUCCGGAAUGACGGUGGUGUUUAAGCAUUUUAACUGCAGAGGCAUUUGGGGCAAAAUGUUUCGUUUGAGGUUUUAAUCUUUAAAAGUUAAAUGUUAAAUUUGUUGAAAAAAAGUUUAGUAACCCCCCCCCCCCCCAUCGUGUAAUACUCUUUUCCGCCACAUGGUGGCAGUGGUUCAGUGCUUGAUGCUGAAGACUGCCGUCCUUUCCUGUACCUUCACCGGUUAUGCAUUUGGAGGAGAAUGCAAGUGUUAACAUUUUAGACAAUGACCAUGAACAAAAACCUAGACACGCAAUAUUAGUCUUUCAAAAUGUAAUUUGCCUAUUUGAUUAAAAGAGUUUGGGUACCUGAGCGUUGAUGCCAGCUGCUUGUGCAGUCUGGCUUGCCACUUGCCAUGCGAGGGUUCUGAAAUGCGGAAGUACUGGCUCCUCCUGCUCUGCGUGGAUACCAGCUUCCUUGCCUUAUGUAUGUAAAGCAAAGCUUUUAGGGUGUGCUCGGUUAUAUCCCAUUUUCAUUGUUUGCUUGAGAGAUGAAAUGGUUCAUUUCCAUGAGUUGUUUAAAAAGGGCAACUCGAGCACAGCAGGAUGGUACAGGAGACUAAAGUAUUUUGGACAUCAAUUUUAUUCUCCCCAUAAUGGUUAGAGUUCAUGGUGUCUCUACAUGUUGGUCUUCUGUGGAUGUCCAUUAAUUAGUCAUACACUAUCAAUGUGACUGGAAUUUGAGGCUCCACUGCUUGUUAAUCUAUUAAUCCAACCAUAAAGGACUCUCACCUGCUUCUUGCCUCAUUCAGGGCUGUGUGUGUUCCCUGUGUGUGGCUCCUAAUACACGGUUUGCAGUGGGGCUCACUGAACGUGCAGCUUGUGUUCAAAUAAUUCAUUUAGAUUGGGCUUUGAAGUUCUUUGUAACUGAGUUUUCAUUGUCCUUUUUUUUGUAUGUUAUUUUUUCCAUCAGUGUAGUAAAUUAAGGUGUGUAUCUUUUAUUGGAAUUCUGCAAUUCAAAAAUGUUGAGUGACAUUGUGAAAACGACAGCAUCAUGAAGGAAUUGUGGUGGAA